AUGAUUGUCGAAGCUUACUCCGCGUUGCUUCUAGCAUUUCUUUCCACUGAAAGCAAGAGCAUCCGCGAAUCAAUUGCUGACAAUCUUCCAGAUCACAACUUGGCCAGUCUUGUACCUGUGUUAGACAGAUUUGUGGAAUUUCAUCUGUCCUUGGACAUAAUUUCACCAGAGACUCAUAAAACUGUUAGCGAGGUCAUCGAAUCAUGUAGAAUUCGGUGA